AGAAAACACACCCCAACUUUUACUCCAACAACAGUCGAGGAGCCGUGGCAGUCACAGUCAAGAUGUCGCUCUCAAGCAUACCCAACGAGAUCGUCCUUGCGAUUGCCAAGUACAUGGACAUGCGCAGCCUCAACGCGCUUAUCCAGACAGCCACGCAAUUCGCCGCCCUGCUCACCACAGAACUCUACCGCAUCGGCGCCGCAUACCCAACAGUCAGAAAGACUACACCCCUCGUAUGGGCGGUGCAGAAGAAUCAUCUGAAUGCCGUACAGAUGCUCCUGGAUCAAGGCGCCGACCCCACAGCCUCGGUCAGGGGGACGACGGCGCUACAUGAGGCGGUCAACUCGGAUAACCUAGAGGCCGUGCAGCUAAUGCUUCGAACUCGCUCGACGAUUCUCCCUCGCGACUCUGCUGGAUUUGGGCCACUGAUUCUGGCCGCUUUACGCGGACAAGAGGGCAUGGUUCGCCUGCUCGUCGCUGCGGGUGCCACGGUCGUCUGCUCGAAAUUCAGUGACUGGGAACGCGCGCUCCAGCGGGCCGUGUCUGCCGGCAACGAGGUGGCGUGUCGACUACUUCUUGAGGCGGGGGUUGAGAGUGAUGGGUCGAAUGGAGAUGGACUGCAGAUUUGUAUCAAGGAUCUGCUGGGGAUCGUGGCGGCCAAGGGUAAUACUGCUCUUUUCAAAUUGUUGUGGGGCUUUUUCGUCGCGACGCCGAGUGAGCGCGAGUAUACCGCGUCGAGAUUGGUAACCAGUGCUGCUGAUAGUGGCUCGGUAGAUCUUGUGCAGUGGCUAUUCAGCGUGGGAGCGAAGCUGAAAGAAGGACCUCCUGGCACAAGCACUGCAUUGCACCUCGCAGUGUCACACGACCAGCCCGGUUCAGAGGAUCUAGUGGCAUAUCUACUCGACAUGGGCGCGAAUAUUGAAGCCAUUGACGUCAGCCACCAAACUCCCCUCCUCGCCGCAAUGCGCCAGGGCUCGCUUGGCCUAGUCCGCGUACUCCUCGCCCACGGCGCAAACGCCCUCGCGAUAGGCUCACGAGGCAUGAACGCCCUCCAUCUCGCCGCCACCUACAAACGACACGACCUGAUCCCGGACCUCUGCCGCGCAGGCGUUCCCGUUGAAGGACGGAUGCAAACUACCGAGACCCCGCUACACAUUGCCGCAGCCGUCGGUUCCGCAGGAUCAGUAACCGCGCUCCUUGAUGCCGGAGCAGAUCUCAACGCGCUGCACACUGAUUGUGGUUGGACACCGCUUCAUACUGCAGCUGACGUGGGUGCUGCUGAGAUGGUGGCUCUACUGAUCGAACACGGCGCGGACUUGAGGGCUGUGGACAAUGUGGGAUAUACGGCCCUAGAAACUGCAGUGAGGGCAGGGCGUAUCAGUGCAUUCAAUGUUCUGCUUACUGCAACCCUGAACGCGGAUCUUCCCAUCCUCCGCGAAAGCCUCGACGGCACAAGUGCACUCGAAGAAGCCAUAAUCCACGAGCACGAGGAUAUCGUCACCAUCCUCCUUGACGCUGGUGUUGACGUCGCCGCCUCCCGGAACGGCACCUACCCACUCCACCUCGCCAUAUCGCAUGGCGUCGAGGAAAUCGCGGAGCUCCUGCUUCAAAACGGGGCAGACCCGUUCGCCCUUGAUGAGCGCGGUCGAAGCGCAGUAGACUGGGCCAGAUUAAACGGACGAAUGCUCCCAACCAUCCUUGCGCAUUGCGAGGCCGAAGCCGUUGAUAAAGAGCCAGACCCUGCACUGCAGGCAUCGAUCCUGCGCAGUAGCAUUGUAUCUCUGGCAACAUAUCUCCAGACCAGUCAAGGCCUCAUUGCUGAUGCGAGCCACUUUACGCGCCUUGGCGGAUGCCUCGUUCUAGCAAACAACAUCCCCGCCGCGCAAGUAGCGUUCGGGCAGCUGAUUGAAACCCCAGGCCGGGGGGAACGGGAAUACCACGGCUGUUGCGAUUGGUGCGAGGAUCGUCCAGUCCUCACCGAACACACGCGCAAGUAUGUCUGCCUGACCUGCUACAACGUCAACCUGUGUCAGGACUCCAAGUACGAGUAUGAGGAUGAGGAAGAGUAUGACAGUGAGAAACCCUUGUUCCAAGUUUGUACCGGGCAUGAGUUUCUUGAGGUGGAGCCGAGCGUUCUGCAACUGCUGGGUGAGAAGACUGGUCCUGAGGGGAAGGUCAAGCGCGAGUGGCUCGAGGGUAUUAUUGCCAUGUAUAGUUAGAGACCCGGGUAGGCAUUAUGUUUCAUGGAUGUGCAAGCACACCCGAGGCUUCAAAGCCAGAUACCUUCAAUUACCCGUACCCGUCAACCUGCGGUGCCCUCUCAACGCGGGCCGUCCAGGAUCCAGCGUCCCUGUGCGCUUAUAGAAAUGAUAUAAAAAAUACCAAUUGCAAAAACAUACAACAGUAGGGAUUCGCAUGUGGUCACCCACCAUACUACUAACCUACCGGCGUGUGGCUUAAGUACGGCUGAGCGGACGGGAAGCCCUGUUCUCCACACCCU